ACUCAACACAAAUCACACAUCCAGCGCCUGUCGCCUCAUGGUCCGCAUCUUCCUGCUGCGCCAAGAUCCGCCGCUGACCCAUGCGGGGCUUUGGCAGGCGCGGCUGACGGCAGAGCGUCUCAAGGAGCUGGCGAUUGAGCGGCCGGCGGUGCUGACAUCCCCUGCCCUCCGCUGCGUGCAAACUGCCCGCGUGCUUUGCCGGGCUCUGCAGGCGUUGCUCAUUGUGGAGCCCAAGCUGAGCGACUGGACUGAGGUAUCGGAGGAGACCUGGGAGAUGGCGCAGGUGCGCUAUGAGGCCACACUGGCAGGCCUUUCCAUCGACGCGGACGCGAUCGUGUUGUGCACGCACCAGGCUGCGCUGGAGGCGUUGCGGCCGGCGCAGUGGACGCAGAACCUCUGCGCGCUGACGGAGUUGUCGUCACCGCUGCUGCACGACUGCUCGGCAUGGCGUGAUCGCUUCCUCUUCGUGGCGCUUCGCGACGGGAAAGCUGCGCGGCAGUUCCUCAUCCCCGAAACCCGGGGCGCUGCGAGGCUGUGCCCUUGCGAGGAGGGCGCGGACUUUGGAAGCGUCGUGGCAAUGGAGCUCGACGAGGCUGCGCUCACUUUGACCAAGUCCAAGCGCGAGCGACAUCUCAUGCUCUUCCUGCACGACGCGCAGGGCCAACUGCUACAUCUGGGCUCCGGGCUGGUCAUUUCGCGAGGACCGGAGAACCUGGUCCUGUCGAAGGACAUCGAGCGCAGCGUGAAGUGGCGCUGA